UUGCCCGUGUGCCCGUCUCUCUACCGCCUAUAAUGAGAGGCAUCGACUCGUGAACAUUUUAAUUAUUUAAAAAAAAAUAAUAAUAAAACAACCAAGUGCCCCUCCCCCCCCGCCACCCCAAAUGGAGUGAUCUGGCCGCGCGAGGGGAAACCGAGAAAAGAAAAAGGGGAGAAAAAAAAAAAAAUUCAAAAGGCUGAUAAAACCGCGGAACCCGGGAACCCGAUCGUUACACCGGAACACCGAAAAAUCGCGGAUAAUUUGAAUAAUAAUAAUAAUAAAUUCAGUGCAAGUGGAAAAUUGACAGGAUUUAUUUAGUCAUCCGCUGUACCACCGCGCAAUUCGUACUACCCAGCUCAGUGAAUAGCCGGAAAAAAGGAGAGAUAUAGAGAGAGAAAUUUUUCUCCCCUCAGACUCCAGCAGCCGCCCGUUCUCUUAUUCGCUCCCUUCUCAAUAGAUAGUUGGCCGACUGGGACAAACCGGGGCUGUGCCGGUCCGGAGGUUCCUUCCAAUUAUCGAUCAAAUAGACACCAAAACCCACCCGGAGCAUCAAAACAGGGUAAAAUCAGAAAAUUUUUUUUUUUGGGGGGGGGUACCACCCCAUUAAAAUCGCGAAUGAAAAUUAUCGUUUAAUACCCAGUUAUUAAUUUUGUGAUAAAUGCACUGUUGCGCAAAGUAGCGAGAUAGAGUGAAGUUGUGGAUGUGAAUCGGUGGGAGCGGAAUAAAUAAUUAUUUUGCCAUUUUAAUUGGUGGAGUUGAGCGUCUGGAGUCAUUGAAGUGCAUGUCAGAGUGCAGAGGGAAUCAUUACCCCUUUCGGUGGCUGAGAGGUGCGAUUAAGUGAUUGGGAGGAUUUAUCAUUAGGAGUGGUUUGGAGAUCGUUGUAAGGGUGGCGUCGUCAGGCGAUCGUUCGAGGGGGCACAGUGUGCGGCGGUAGUCAGGUGGUGUGCGUGCACAACGCGCGCGUCCACUAGGAGGGUUAGUGAUAAAAAAUAGAUAAGAACAAGAAUCACCAUCAUCAAGAGAAAAAAAUAUUGAAGAAAAGAAAAAAAUUCAAAUAAUAUCGAGAAGAAUAAAGAGUGCGUCGGUGUGUGCGCGUGUGUAGUGAUUGAAGGUGGGUGAAUCUAGGGGUGUGUGUUCCAUAAGGUGUUAGUGACGUAGCUGUGGCGGGGGGUAUUUUGCCUUGUAGGGGGUGGAAAGAAAAAGGAAAGGAGUGAUAAAAAGGCGCGUGGUGGCGUUUGUGAAGGCAACGUGUAGCAAGAUGGGCUGUGCCAUGUCUGCGGAAGAGCGGGCCGCUCUGGCCCGCAGCAAACAGAUCGAGAAGAAUUUGAAAGAGGAUGGAAUACAGGCUGCUAAGGAUAUCAAAUUACUGCUGCUUGGUGCCGGAGAGUCUGGGAAAAGUACUAUAGUGAAACAGAUGAAGAUUAUUCACGAGAGUGGAUUUACGCCGGAAGACUUCAAGCAGUACAGACCCGUUGUUUACAGCAAUACGAUACAAUCUCUAGUCGCUAUUCUUAGAGCAAUGCCCAUUUUAGGGAUCAGUUUUUCGACGAAUGAGAGAGAGACGGAUGCAAAAAUGGUAUUCGACGUAAUCCAACGAAUGGAGGAUACAGAGCCAUUCAGUGAAGAACUUCUGGCAGCCAUGAAGAGGUUGUGGGCGGACAACGGUGUCCAGGCGUGUUUUGGCAGAAGUAAUGAGUAUCAACUAAACGACUCGGCGAAAUACUUUUUGGAUGACCUAGACCGAUUAGGGGCGAGGGAAUAUCAGCCAACGGAACAAGAUAUUUUAAGGACUCGAGUUAAAACCACUGGAAUAGUUGAAGUUCACUUUUCAUUUAAAAAUCUCAAUUUCAAAUUAUUCGACGUGGGUGGACAGCGGAGUGAGCGUAAAAAAUGGAUACACUGUUUCGAAGACGUCACAGCAAUUAUUUUCUGCGUGGCAAUGUCUGAAUACGACCAAGUCCUCCACGAGGACGAGACCACGAAUCGGAUGCAGGAGAGUUUAAAACUGUUCGACUCAAUCUGCAAUAACAAAUGGUUCACUGACACCUCGAUAAUCCUAUUUUUGAAUAAGAAGGAUCUGUUUGAGGAGAAAAUCCGCAAGUCACCUCUCACCAUCUGUUUUCCUGAAUACGCCGGCGCUCAGGAGUACAGUGAGGCAGCGGCAUACAUACAGGCACAAUUCGAGGCGAAAAAUAAAUCGACCACAAAGGAGAUCUACUGCCACAUGACCUGCGCCACAGACACAAACAACAUUCAGUUCGUGUUCGACGCUGUCACAGACGUGAUUAUUGCCAACAAUCUCCGUGGCUGUGGUCUUUACUAGAGUUAUUUCGUAUUCUACAUUAACGUACAGAAAACUAAAAACGUUACUGGACAAACGUUGUUUCCACAAAGAAAAAGAAAAUCA